UUAUUUGCAGAAACUCUCAUAGUAUAGUAACCCAUUCAGCAGUCCCUGGAAACCAUCAACCCGUAUUUCGAGUUAUUACUUCCUUUUAUCCGUUCAAGCAUGGCAUCUUCUUCAUACCAGCAAGGCAAUGACCAUUUAAAGUUUAUAAGCAACUCACCUCACUUUUUCAAAAUAAUUCUCCAAGACACUAUCCAGAAUGGAAAACUUGGCAUUCCCAGAAAGUUUGUGAAAAAUCAUGGAAAUAGCAUGUCAAGCCCAGCAAUGCUGAGUGUCCCAUCUGGUGAAGUAUGGAAGGUGGAACUGACGAAAUGUAAUGGCAAAAUAUGGUUUGAAAAUGGCUGGCUAGAAUUUUCAAACCAUUACUCUCUGGAGUUUGGGCAUCUUUUGGUUUUUAGAUAUGAUGGGAAUAGCAAUUUCCAUGUAGUCAUCUUUGAUAGGACUGCUACAGAGAUCCUAUAUCCAUACACCAGAUAUAAUCAUAUUCAUAGACGAUCCAAUAUUGACAAAUCCAAAGAUGAUGACUCUACACAGAACCUAGAGGACAUCUCUACAAGCAGAAAAUUGAGAGAGAAAUCACAAAUGCCAUGUCCACAGCCUUGUAAGAUGAUGCACAGUACUAAUUCAGCUAUCAAAACCGAAAUCGAGUGCAAUGGGAAGUCCGAAUUCCUAGCUCAACAAAUUAGGUAUGAAGGAUGUCCAGCUAGAAAUGAUGAUAAAAGCACUAGACAUCGUAUAAUUCAACAAUUGAAGCCUCAUGAAAAGGAUGAUGCUCUUGAGAGAGCUAGUAAAACUUUCAAAUCCGAGAACCCAUUUUUCCUGGUUGUCAUGCAACCAUCAUAUGUUGGUCUCAGUCACAGUAAAGGAUAUAGACUGGUAAGCAAUCAAUUAAGUUUCCGCUAGACCAUAUGCAUGCUGUUUCAACCCAUUACUUCACUAACAUUUAAGUUUUUUCCAUUUCUGUUGCUUGAAAAGUCG